AUGCCGUAUGCUGCUCCAGCCGACGCCCCGACUCGACUCGACUCGGCUCGAUACCCUCAGCAGCCGCAGCCGGAGCCGCAGCCGGGUCCCCGUCGCGCGCACGUGACCGCGCUCGACGCAUCCUCCCCGCAUCCUCCCCGCAUCCCCCUCCUCGCAUUUCAAGCGGGCCCCGCGUAUAUAUUUACUUAUGCACGCACGUACAUGAGUUUUUACGGCACGCGACACAGCCGACUCGUAGUUGUCGCCAGAGCUGACGUCUGCCUGUCAAUCCACUGCGUACAACGCACCGCGUGCUCGCUCAUCGGUCCAUUGGCUGGAGCGCCUCGACUCUCGGGCGAGCGUGAGCGUGAAUUAUAUUAUGUUGGCGGCGCCAUGGGGACUGCUUACUAG